GCCGCGGCCCACUCCUUCCCCCCCUCUCGGGAGCCGCGCGCUUUAGGCAGGGCAGGCGCAAACUGGCGUGAGGUGAAAACAGGAUAGCUGCGAGCCCGAAUUUCAAAUUACGUAACGGCCGAGGUAGCCAUUACUGGGCCAGUCGUGUGCGCUCGCACCCGGGGCCGCCCGCACCAUGAAGAAUAUGAGGGAAAAGGAACAGUUUCGCAAACUGUUCAUUGGUGGCUUAAGCUUUGAAACAACAGAAGAAAGUCUGAGAAACUACUACGAACAAUGGGGAAAGCUUACAGACUGUGUGGUGAUGAGAGAUCCGGCCAGCAAACGAUCAAGGGGAUUUGGUUUUGUAACAUUCUCCUCAAUGGCUGAAGUUGAUGCAGCAAUGGCUGCCAGGCCUCAUACAAUUGAUGGAAGGGUGGUUGAACCUAAGCGAGCAGUGGCCAGAGAGGAAUCUGGAAAACCUGGUGCCCAUGUUACUGUGAAAAAACUUUUUGUUGGUGGAAUUAAGGAAGAUACUGAGGAACACCACCUUAGAGACUACUUUGAGGAGUAUGGAAAAAUUGACACUAUUGAAAUAAUAACUGACAGGCAGUCUGGUAAAAAGAGAGGCUUUGGCUUUGUUACAUUUGAUGACCAUGAUCCAGUGGAUAAAAUAGUUUUGCAGAAAUACCACACCAUCAAUGGUCACAACGCAGAAGUAAGAAAAGCUUUAUCUAGACAAGAAAUGCAAGAAGUUCAAAAUUCUAGGAGUGGGAGAGGAGGUAACUUUGGCUUUGGUGAUGCACGUGGAGGUGGUGGUAACUUCGGUCCAGGACCAGGAAGCAACUUCAGAGGGGGAGCUGGUAAGCCAGAUGGAUAUGGAAGCGGCCGUGGAUUUGGUGAUGGAUACAAUGGAUAUGGUGGGGGACCAGGAGGUGGCAAUUUUGGAGGUAGUCCUGGUUAUGGAGGAGGAAGAGGAGGGUAUGGCGGAGGAGGACCUGGAUAUGGCAAUCAGGGUGGGGGCUAUGGAGGCGGUUAUGACAACUAUGGAGGAGGCAAUUACGGAAGUGGAAACUACAAUGAUUUUGGAAACUAUAACCAACAGCCCUCAAACUAUGGUCCAAUGAAGAGUGGAAAUUUUGGUGGUAGCAGGAACAUGGGGGGACCAUAUGGUGGAGGAAAUUAUGGUCCAGGAGGAAGUGGGGGAAGUGGUGGAUAUGGAGGGAGGAGCCGCUAUUGAGCUUUUGCAAAUUUGGGCUUCACUGUAUAAAUAGGAGAGGAUGAGAGCCCAGAGGUAACAGAACAGCUUCAGGUUAUCGAAAUAACAAUGUUAAGGAAACACUUAUCUCAGUCAUGCAUAAAUAUGCAGUGAUAUGGCAGAAGACACCAGAGCAGAUGCAGAGAGCCAUUUUGUGAAUGGAUUGGAUUAUUUAAUAACAUUACCUUACUGUGGAGGAAGGAUUGUAAAAAUGCCUUUGAGACAGUUUCUUAGCUUUUUAAUUGUUGUUUCUUUCUAGUGGUCUUUGUAAGAGUGUAGAAGCAUUCCUUUGAUAAUGUUAAAUUUGUAAGUUUCAGGUGACAUGUGAAACCUUUUUUAAGAUUUUUCUCAAAGUUUUGAAAAGCUAUUAGCCAGGAUCAUGGUGUAAUAAGACAUAACGUUUUCCUUUUAAAAAUUUAAGUGCGUGUGUAGAGUUAAGAAGCUGUUGUACAUUUAUGAUUUAAUAAAAUAAUUCUAAAGGAAAUAUUGUGUAAUUAUAGAUUUUUUUUUUAAUAUUGUAAAAUAAGGCAAGGAGUGGGUAGUAUAAGGUCCCACCAAUAAUACAAAUUAUUGUUGUAUAUGUAAAAUUAAAUGCUGGUCAGAAAAAAAGUAUGUUGUCUGUAAAUUAUCAGGUUUAAAAUAUCUAGAUAACUUAAGGGAUAUCUCUGCAAGGAGAAACACCUUUUUAGAUCUUUUAGAUGCUGCUUCUUCAAUGGCAAGGAAAGGAAAUAUCCCCAGCGAGGUACUCUUCCAGGGACACAGGUCUAGUACAAGAGAACUCUUGAAAACGUCACUAAAUUCAGCCAGUCUUAAAAAGCUGCGCUGUAUUUCUGCCAAGCUUUAACUACAGUAGUUUUAUAAGGAUGCCAACGAAGGCUGAGGGUGUAGAGCAAAAUAGUUCUAAGCUUCAGUUAAACUUCUUUAGCUUUGAUAUGAACCAUGGACAAGCAUAGACUGCUGCUACUGUACACUGCUACAGUUGAACAAAAGAGACUCGCAAGUGUCCAUUAGUAAAGCUUUGCAAGGGUUCCACCCCUGGUGUUGGUAGUUUAAAAUGGAAGGUGCCAUGCUGCAGGUAACUAAUGAAGAAUUGGUCAACCACAGAAUCGCUUCAAGAAAUAAGAAAUUGUUUCAUCAGAAAAUAGUUACUUUAUGCUGGCUUCACUAAAAAUAGAGGUUAAAUGAAUCUUGAUUAAAAUAUCUCAAUAGAGCUUCCUGUAAAGCUGGGUGCUUAAAAAUUAUAGUAAU